CUGCUCUUCUCCGGACAAGACAGACUGACAGACAUCAUUACACCACUUUACUCCUUUAUAUUUUUAUUGCACAGUCAUGUUGGGACAGGCGGCAGGCCCUACAGCAGCCAGGAAACACACACACUUUGGCUAAAAAUGCAGCUGAAGCUAUCACUUCCUGAUUAAACGCCCCCUACCGACCAGAAGAAAAACUGCCUGCUAUGUUUUGGAGGAGGAGGAGGAGGAGGAGGCUGGGUAGAAAAACUGACACGUGGAUUGUUUCUCUCAGGGCAUCAGGAACAACAGAGACUCUCCCUCCUCCACGGACUUCAGUGAGAAUAUCGACAUCCUGCGCCUUCGUUGAGUCUUUCCAGCCUUUAAACGCUGACUUUAUCCCCUCGCCAACAGACCAAAAAGAAAGAGAGAGAAAGAGGAAGUCGUACUUAGCGGGAGCUGUACAGACUCUACCGUCACCUCACCUUGAAUGGCAGUUAUUCAAAAAUAUGCCAAGAACUGCGGUCCGGAUUUGGUCUGUCACAAGGAGAACCACCCGCCCGACAAGACCGGAGUCCCAGGCUGUCAGAAGAAGUGGCCUGAAAGCCACACGCACUGGUCCAGACCCGUGGCAAGGCUAUGGACGGUGGUGCUGUUGCUCGGGACAUGCCUCCUGUACUGCGCCCGUGUGGCGAUGCCCAUCUGUGCCAUCAGCAUGGCGGAGAAGUUCAACUGGAGCAAGAGGGAGUCUGGCAUGGUGCUGGGCAGCUUCUUCUGGGGAUACUGCUUCACCCAGGUGUUCGGAGGCUACGUCAGUGACCGUGUGGGAGGUGAGAAGGUCCUCCUGCUGUCUGCAGCUGCCUGGGGGUCAAUGACAGCCUUCACCCCGGUCCUGGCCCACCUCUGCUCCCAGCCCAUAGUCUCCAUGACGGUGGCUCGCUUCCUCAUGGGCCUGCUGCAAGGAGUUCAUUACCCUUCCCUGGCAAGUCUGUGCUCUCAAAAGRUGGUGGAAAGUGAAAGAGGCUUCCUUAUGAGCACUGUGGGUAGCGGUUCCUAUCUGGGUACUCUGGUGAUUGGAGGGGCUGGUUCCGUCAUGCUGGACCUGUACGGCUGGGAGAGCGUGUUCUAUGUCUCUGGUCUCAUGUCAGUCCUGUGGGCCUACUGCAUGUGGAAAUAUCUCCUCAAAGGAGAAGGACCUAUAAUUACUCUGGAGUCUCUGGGCAGUGGUGGGGCCCAGUCGAAACUUAAUAAAAGGCAUUGGUUACGGCUCCUCAAACAACCUCCUGUCUGCGCCGUGAUAGUGACGCACCUUUGCACAGCAAGCACUUUCUUCACUCUGUUGUCAUGGCUGCCAAUGUUCUUUAAAGACACUUUCCCUGAUGCCAAGGGCUGGGUGUUUAAUGUCAUUCCUUGGUUGGUGGCAAUACCCUCAUCUCUAUUUAGCGGCUGCCUCUCUGACCACCUCAUACGCCAAGGUUUUGACACCGCCUCAGUAAGGAAGCUUAUGCAGUUUUUCUCCAUGGGUGUGUGCAGUGUUUUUACUGUCCUCCUUUGUGGUGACCCCACCUUUCCCUUGGCUGUAGUAUUUGUAUCAGCCACGAUGGGCCUCACCACCUUCAGUCACAGUGGUGUUUCUUUAAAUGUUCAAGAUCUUGCUCCUUCCUGUGCUGGAGCUCUGUUUGGUGUCAUGAAUACAUGUGGGGCAUUCUCAGGAGUCUUGAUGGUGUACUUYUCGGGGUAUCUCAUCGAGGCGACAGGCUCGUGGGCGUCAAUGUUUGCACUCAUCACCACCUUCAACCUGCUGGGCCUCUGCACCUUCUUGGCUUUCGCUGAAGCUCGCCGAGUCGAUAUCGAUUCCAGUAAGCUCCGCCACAACAUUCACAUCUGAAUCACCAGUUGGGGCGAGAGAGUACUUUUCCCUCCAGAAACAUGAUGUGAGUUGGGACAAUUUGCAGCUUGAACAUCUACCUGGGAUUGCUGUCCAGAAGGUAGCAAAAAGCACGUGGAGAAAACCUGCAGACUAGAGUUUGAUUGGCUCUGUCUGGUUACUGAAUAAAAAAAAAGAGAGUUACUGAAAAGCACACAGCAGAGCAUGUGUUACUGAACAAUCCUGACUGAACAAUCCUGAUGCAGCUGCAGAUUUGAGUCCUAGAAUUAGAAGUUUCUCUGCUGGUUCAGGGAAGGAAGAAAGCGCCUGUACAACCUCCAGCUCCCAGCUUGUGCGGUGAUUAAACAGUUGCAGGGAAACUGUUUACUUUAGGCUCUGCUGGUGCUAUAAAUAAAAGCACAGAGAUUAUCUGGAAGCUAUAACUUCCUGGUUUAGCGAGGAGCUGUCACAGUGAUGACUGUCUGACACCUGUGAUAAACAAAACUAGUCUUUAUUUUUUUUACCCUGUUACAAAAGAAGUGUGAGUGUUCAAACUCUGUCGUUCUGUAGAAUGACCCAUUUACUCCUGAGAGAAAUAUUUGAGUGACACCUCACUACCCUCAGAUUACUUGGCAGGAACUCAGUGUUAACUUCUGUAGUCCCUGUCUUUAUGGUUUCAAAUUCACCCAGUCAUUUACCUGAAGGGUAAUGGAAAGCUUUAUGGCAGCCGUGCUUCAGCUGAGUGCAUUAUUAAAUAAUAUGUUGCGAGUUAUCAGACCAAAGGUUAGUAAUUAUUAUUUUUUUCAAUGUAAAUGGGUCUAAUAAAACAUACCUCAAUAAAUUAUUUUCAGUACUAUAUUUAUUUGAGUAUCAGAAGUAUUUUUUUUCUUCUUUUAAAAGAAGAACUAGAUUAGAGCUGUCAGUGUGGUAGAGACAACCAAAAUGGACUUUGUUUUUCAUUCUACUAUUAUUCCAUUGAAGAUAAGCUCAUCAUUAUUGUUACUUGCUCAGGCAGAUGAGCAAAAAAUGCAACUUCCCAUUUAAAAAAUACAGUCUUUAUCAUUUACUCUUAAAACAUUUGUUACAGAGGCACUAAACAGGAAGUAAAAAUAGUGGAGUUGGAAAUAGCUCAGUUCUUUGGUGUGAUGCUGCCAGACUCAUGGGCUCUCAUUUUAAAAAUUGCUUUAAAUACAGAAGUCCAUUUUUUUAUUACACUUGAAUAUUGCAACAGAAUUGGAAGUAAUGUUGGGACUAGGGGUUAAUUGAAUGUGCAAAUACAGAGUAUUUAGCAGCUUAUGAGCUGGAUAAUUCAAACUGAAUAUGGGAAUGAAUGUUUCACCGUUUGUUUAAUCUUGAUACUUGUUUUGUGACYUUUAUAUCUAUGCAGUUAUUAUUUUGUGCCUCAUUUGAGCUGCAAAAUUGUAGCAAAAUGUGUUUUGCUGUUGCAUAGUAUUGAUUAUAAGUCAUUGUACUUUGUAAAACUUGUCCUUCUUUGUAAUUACUUUUCUGCCUUACUAAGAGAAAUAAGCUUUUAUAUUUGUUUUUGGUGUUAAGCAGACACAAGAAUCCAUACUGAUUCAUUUUUUGUAGCAAAUUUGAUUCGACCUUCAAAAUGCUGAUUGUAUUUAUUGACCUUGUUUAAAAGUCCAAAUCUAGGAAGCACAGUGUUUGUGAUCAUCAACGCACAGAUCAAUGAUUGAUACAAAGAUCUGCAGAAUCUUUGAACACACAGUACAUCACACUUUGAAACAGAUGGGCUAAAGCAGCAUGAGAGCACACCAGGUGCCACUCCUGUCAGCUAAGAACAGGAAACUGUGGCUCAUUUAGAACAACAUCACCUGCUCUGAUGAGUCUUGAUUCAUUGAACUGUAGUGGUCUCAAURUUCACCAGAUCUCAAUCCAGUUGUCCAUGUGUGGGAUGUGGUGGAACGGGAGAGAGAUUCACGUUAUUACAUUAUUAUCUGGAGGCUGCACCAACAGCGUGAUGCUUAUUGUCAAUCAGGAUCUAAAGCUAAAGGAAUAUUUCCCACAACUUGUUGAAUCUGAUUAAGGCAGUUUUGAAGACAAUAGGAGCCCAACCUGGUACCAGAAAGGUCAAUUUAUCAGUGAGUGUGUAUUUUAUUCAACUGUCCUUCGUUCUACAAUAGUGGUUCAUUUAAUGUGUCACUGACUUGUAGCCAUUGUUGUAAAGUGUUUUUUUUUUUUUUUUUUUUUUUUUUUUUUUUUUUUCAUAAUAUUGAUUUAUUCUAGAGAAGCACAUAAAAGCAAUGUUACAUGUUAAGUGCUGUUACAGACACCUGCUAACUUGUGGCUAAUUUUUAGACACGGUUCCUUUUUUUCUUUUGAGAAAAUACAUCUUCAGCCACUAAUGCUAAAGAAUAGACUCCUAUAAAGCAGUAAAAUUAACACAUUAAUUUAGUUGAUAAUAUCAUAAACAAUCAUUUGAUCAUUGUAUUGUAACUCUUUAAAUUCUGGCAUCAAACUAAAGGAACCUAAUAAAUUAAUUUCUUUUUAUUUAAUUUAUCAAAUCAAACUUAACACAAAUUUGAGCCACAUGGAAUUAUUUAGAUUUAAUGUAAACUGACUGAUUUUCACAUUUAUUUUAUUUUUAAUCCCGGUCUUUAUCUCCAAAACAAUUAUGGUAUUUAGUUUUAACUUCUUACUACAUACUGUAUGUCAGGGCUACAAGGCAAAUAAAACAAAUUGUAGCUCAUUAUACAUGGACUGAUUUCCCCAGCUUUUCCUGAGGUUUUAUAGUCACUUAAAAGCAGAAUGAGUAUUUAUUUUUUUAUUUUGUUGCAUAACCAUGACUAGUCUCUGAAACGUUUCAUCUUCUUUGAUUUGGUUGGUUUUUAUGUUUUUGCUGACAGUUGUAUUUACAAUAAUUAUAUUUAUAUUUAAUUUUAUUUUUUUUUUUUUUGUCAAUGCAUAGAUUUAUAGAGACCAUGAAGUGUAUUUAUUUAAAUGAAAUAAYAAUAAACCAUCCAGUCUUUCCAACACAUUCUUAAAAUAUUUGUCAUAUAUUAUACUGUAYGAGCUUCCUAAACAUCUCGUCCUUUUUUUCUUAUUUUACUGACAAAUUGCAGCACUUAAAAACCCACAUAAUGACUAAACAUUUAACCAACAUCUUAAUGUAAGUUCCUGAAAACCUGUUUCCAUAACGGUUAUAAUUUACCUAAAAGAAUGUUAUAAUACAAGAAUAUGCAGUACUGUGAUUCUUAAAGCGUUCCAUUUUGAAUAAAGUUGUAUUUUGCUUA